CCUCCAGCACAUCACAUCAAGUAAAUGGUGAAAAGCGAUGUCAACGCAAAGACCUUGUGUGUUAUUACUAUUUCCUUUAUUAUCUCUGCGAUCAUGUGUAAUUUGUAGUAUUUUUGCAUCGUACAUUUGCAUCUACGCUUGAAUGACUGUUAUAUUUACGGAAUUUCUAUCUUUGGAUACUUUCAAACUUUACAAAUAUGGGAAGUCCGUUAUCUGAGUUUGAUUCCCCUGUAAAGAAACACAAGAACAAAAAAUCCAAAAAGUUGAAGAAAGAGAAAAAGUCGAAAUCGAAAUUAGCAAAGCAGGCGUACGUACCAGCUAUUUCCAAUGUUUAUGAAAGUCUUUCUUCAGACGAUGGAGAUUAUUUAGAAUAUAGUAAGUAUAAAAAUAAAGACAAAAAGUUUUCAUACGAGUCAUACGAUUCACCUCCAUAUGAAAAGAGAAAGAAAUCUAAAAAAAGUCGCAACAAAGAUAAACAGGAUUAUCCAGAUGUUUUUGACUAUGGCUCAAAGCAUAUCAAUUCAAAGACUUUCUCAAAUGAUAGGAGACAUUCCAACGCUUCUCCUGUUGAAUUUGGUGGUUAUCCAGAAAAAAGUCGGAAGGAUGACCUAGGUCGAAAGUCACCUCGAUAUAAAUCGAAACAUAAUCAUAAACAUUCACAAAGGUCAAGGGAUCAUUCUCCAUCACCUUAUGGUGGCAGACGAUAUGCUUCGCCUUCACCAACGUAUAGCAGUGUAUCACCUGGACAUUCUAAAUCACCUCGGUACUCUCCCUAUGGUCAGAGAUCACCCUUUAACAAACGUUCACCAUCUCCAUAUGGGGGAUAUCAUAGACAUGCCCAUAAACAAAGCCACAAAGAUAGAAGAGCAAAGGAACUUUCUCGUUCACCACAAUUACCAAUGCAACGGAAGAGAACUCACAGUAAUGCUAAUAUCUCUGUCUCUAAAUUAGAGCAAUCGUACAGUAAUUCAGGAUAUAACCUAAGUUCGUUUGGACAGACAAAUAGCCCUUACAUGGGAAAUAAUAGGAGUAAUUCUAACAACCCAACACAGAUGAGUAUGAGUCAAUUUUUUAUGAGUCAAACAUCUCAAAGGGGAGUACCACCUCCAGCACCACCUGUGGUGCCACCUGUUAGUUCAGGGCACCCACCACCACCUCCAAUACAAUCACCUCCACCAAGACCAGACUUACCACCUCCAUCUCAUGCACCUCCUCCCCCACCUCCAGAAGAAGUCAGUGGAAAAAAAUCAGCUCCUCCGCUUCCACCAUUACCAUUGCCUCCUGUUAUUCCAGAAAUAGAUGAUAUUAACGAAUCUUCACCAGAUGUUGUUGAUGGGUCGAGUGGUCAGAAUAAUGUAAAAAAUGAAACAAAUAUUAAAUCAAAUAAAAUUGAUAGAACUAUAUCACAAUCUUCACAGGGGAGUACUCCUGGUAAUGAUUCUAGUGCUAGUUUAACUCCAAGGAUUUUAGCAGAGGAUUCAGAAUGGGGUGAAAGAUGUGUAGAUAUGUUUGAAAUUAUUAAAAUUGUUGGUGAAGGAACAUAUGGACAAGUUUAUAAAGCAAAAGACAAAAUCACAGGUGAUUAUGUGGCUUUAAAAAAAGUUCGUCUUGAUAAAGAAAAAGAGGGUUUUCCUAUCACAGCGGUGCGAGAAAUCAAAAUCUUACGGCAACUGUCACAUCCAAGUAUUGUAAACUUAAAAGAAAUUGUUACAGAUAAACAGAGCGCUGUUGACUUUCGGAAAGAUAAAGGUGCAUUUUAUUUGGUAUUCGAAUACUGUGAUCAUGACUUGAUGGGUAUCUUGGAAUCUGGAUUUGUCCAAUUUACAAAAGAACAUAUCAGUUCAAUGAUGAAGCAGUUGUUACAAGGACUUGAAUAUUGUCAUAGAAUAAAUUUCUUACAUCGCGACAUCAAAUGUUCAAAUAUUUUAAUGAGUAAUAAAGGAGAAAUAAAACUGGCAGAUUUUGGCUUGGCAAGACUUUACGAGUCUGAGAAUGAGGGUCGUCAGUAUACUAACAGAGUUAUAACAUUAUGGUAUCGCCCACCAGAACUACUCCUUGGUGAGGAGAGAUAUGGUCCUUCUGUUGAUGUAUGGAGUUGUGGUUGUAUCCUGGGAGAAUUAUUCAAACGAAAGCCUCUGUUUUUUGGCACAACUGAAAUUCAGCAGUUAGAAUUAAUUAGUCGAAUUUGUGGUUCGCCAACUCCUGCGGCUUGGCCAGAUGUUAUUCAUUUACCAUUAUUUCAUACUGUAAAACCAAAAAAGCAGUAUCGAAGGAGGUUGAAAGAAGAAUAUUCUAGUUUACCUAAAGAUGCAUUGGAUUUAUUGGAUCAGAUGUUGCUUUUGGAUCCAUCAAAACGAAUAACAGCAACUGAUGCGUUGAAACAUUCAUUUUUAGAAGACUGUGAUCCUACCACGGUCACUCCACCACAAUUUCCAGCAUGGCAGGAUUGUCACGAGAUGUGGAGCAAGGAGCGAAAAAGACAGGCUCGUUUAGAAGCACAGGGUAAAGUUGUAACUGGUCAGACUAAAUCGAGUACUACAGAUAAUACUAAUACUGACACUAAAUGUAAUAAUGACAAUCUAACUAAUACAAAUACACCAAAUAAACAAUUACCGACACUUUCAUCCAUGAGUGCGCCUGUAGGCGCUCCAAUAGACUCGAAAGAUGUACCACCACCUGUAAAUGAUGGGUCGUAUACAACAAACACUCCCAAAACAAUAGUUGAUCGUGGUUUAUCAACCAAACUUAGUUCAUCUCUUCAGCAGCACCCAAGUGCCUACCAGCAUGCUGGUGGAUUUAUGCCCAGUGGCACUUUCGUGGACAGCUACGGUGGACAAAGAACUUCCGGUUUAACCGCAGUCAACGAUGACUCUUUAUCGCCCAGUUCUGGACAGAAAAUUUCGGGGACUACUAGAAGAACAAGUUUGAAAUCUGAUAUUCAGCUGAACCAUUACACCAGUCAACCAGUGAAUUUGCGAAACUCAGCAACUGGCAAUGGUGUUUUAUCAAGCAGUGGGCAAUGGCCUUCCUGAAAGUAAAUGCAUAUAGUUAAUUUUUUAAGUUUCGUUUUAAAAGUUUACUAUUUUGUGUUUGCUCAGCUGUUCGUACUAUCGUGUUCUAAGAAACAUAAUAUUCAGCGCUUCUCUCUGUUUCAGUAAUAUAUGUCUUAAGCAAAAGAUCUUAUUUUUUUAUUCUGUUUGUAAAGAAUCGUCGUCCGUUUGUGCAAUUCUCUAAAGUGCAAGGUGUAUAUUAAAAGAUGUUGUAUUUGUACGAUAAAGCAAAAUUUCAUUUGAUAUCUUUUUUAUAUUGCGACGUGUACUAGAUCCUACUAGGUGGUAAUACCUAACUUGUUAUAAUUUA